AUGAUCAAGAUAGCACUGGCAGGGACCAGUGGUCUCGCACAAUAUAUUGCUCACUACAUCUCCACACAGACGUAUCACCAAUUUUUCUUUCUGUCAAGGAACCCCAGUCCCGCCCUAUCAGCCCGAGGAUGGCAGGUCUUACCGGUCGAUUACAACAACCAAAGUGACGUUCGAUACAAGCUUGUUGGCGUGGACACGGUCAUAUCAACCAUUUCGGGCCAGGCACAGCUGUCGUUGAUCGAUGCCGCAGCCGAAGUCCAUGUCCGUCGAUUUGUGCCUUCGGAGUUUGAAGGAUCUCCACUGCAACGUCCGGAUGUCGACCCCCUCGACCGCGGACAGAAGACUGCCCUUGCCAAACUCCAGGAGAAACAGCAACUUGGUAUGGAGUAUACCAUCUUCACGUGUGGUAUAUUCUAUGAGAGGUUCUAUCCUGGGGGUAUGUCGACGCUUCAGCUCGGUGCGGGAACACAUAUCUCGGGCGAAGGACAAUACAUCUUGGAAAUCCGUCGCCAAACAGCCAGCAUACCUUGCUACCCUUCAGGGGAUGGAGUAUACAUAUGCAUGACAUCCGCCGAGGAUGUCGCUCGCUAUGUAGUUGCUGCUCUCGAUCUCCCUCACUGGCCAAAUGAAUUCCUCCUGGCGGCAGAAAGAAUGACAAUUGAUGAUAUUGUUGCGGCAGCAGAAGUUGUCUCCGGCGAACCCUUUCAACGCCAGUACUAUGAUCACGCCACUUUGUUGGACAGCAUCUCUUAUGCCUCGGCCACAAAUGAUACAUUGGAAUAUUGGCGCCUUCGGUAUCUCAUGGCUACCUUACAAGGACGAUACGACUUUCACCGCACAAACCUUAAUCAGCUGGUCAAUAUCCAGGCCAAACCAUUCUUCCAGUGGUUACUCGCCGCAUGGUCCGACGUUGCAUGA